CAGCAUAAAGAAUUUCUUGCUAGCAAAAAGAAGAGUAAAAUCGUUCAUAUUGAAUUAGAUGAUAAAGAAACAAACCAACAAGACUCCACCUUCUUUGUUAAAGAUACAGAACCUGAGACCUCCCAAAUAGAUAAAACCCUAGAAAAUAGCUCCUCUAAUAUGAAGGAUCUGAAUUCAGAAAACCUUGUUGUAGAAAAAGAAAACACAGAAGCCUCAUCAGUUAGAACUCUUGAUAAUAGCAACAAAGAGAACAUCGCAACUAAGAAUAUACAAACAAAAACUGCUAUGGAAAUUGAAGAUUCUAACUCAUCAAGAACUCCAAUUGUACUUAUUACAAACAAUAAUAAGUCACACCUGCAAACUAAAAAUCUUGAAGAAGGAUUCAUCACAAAAAACUCGUAA